AAAAUGUAUGUUUUAGACCAAGAAAAAAUAGGGAGAAAAUUAAGAAAGGGGCAAAAUUAAGUGUAAAUACAAUAGACAAUAAGUAAAUCUCUAAUCUAGCUAAUUUUUUAAAAUCUCCUUCUCAAUUGCAAAUCUAUACCUGGCUGAAAAAAAUGCAGAACGCCAGAAAAAGGAAGCUAAUUUCUUCCAAAAACAACAAACAACAUUCAGAAAUCACAAUUACGAAAAUCAAAUCAAAUAAAACCAAGAAAAACCCAAAAUUAGAUGCAAUUGAACCAUACCCAUCUCACCUAAGACCAACCCCAGAAGAUUGUUUAGCCAUUAGAGAUGAACUAUUGAAAUUUCAAGGAUUUCCUGAAGAAUUCGCCAAGUAUCGCGAGGAGAGAGAAAACCCAGAACCUAAUUCUUCAAAUUUGAUUAAUGGGUCAGUGAAAUCAGAGGUUUCAGCUGAGAAAUUAAGCGUUUUGGAUGGUUUAGUGAGCAUUGUUCUUUCCCAGAAUACUGCUGAUGUUAAUUCUCAAAAGGCUUUUGCUUCUCUUAAAGCUGCAUUUCCCACUUGGGAACUUGUUCUUGCUGCUGAACAAAAUUUGUUGGAGAAUGCCAUCAGAUGCGGAGGUUUAGCUCCAACUAAAGCUUCCUGCAUUAGAAACAUUCUGAGUUGCCUCAAGGAGAGGAGUGGGAAGUUAUGCUUGGAAUUCUUGCGGGAUUUGUCAAUAGACGAAAUCAAGUCCGAGCUCUCCUCUUUCAAAGGAAUUGGACCUAAAACUGUAGCUUGUGUUCUCAUGUUCCAUUUACAGCUAGAUGACUUUCCAGUUGACACACAUAUUUUGCAGAUAGCAACUACUCUUGGUUGGGUACCAGAAGGAGCUGAUGCGAAGAAGACGUAUCUUCACCUAAACCGUAGAAUUCCAAAUGAACUGAAAUUUGAUCUGAACUGCCUUCUAUUUACACAUGGUAAGAUGUGCAAUAGUUGCUCUACAAAAACCGUAAAACAUGAGAAGAAAGAAUCAGUCAAUAAGCCCUGUCCUUUACUAAACCACUGUAAGAAGUCUGAUUAGAGAUGCAUGUGUACAUUGCAACUUCCUUCAGUUAUAUCUCUAUGUCAUUCUAUCCCUGUUCACAUGGUCACAACAGCAGAGAACCUUGUAUAGGUCCCACCGUUUUGCUGGGUUAGUAAUCUUAGUAUAGGUGAAUGCAACUUAACUCCAAAUUAGUCGAGACUAGUAGAGAGGUUGCUUCUGAAACUAUUGACUUGGUUUACAAGAUUUGCAACAUGAUCUGUAAAGGUUCUAACUUCUAAGAGACUGUUAGCAUAGCAAACGGUUCUAUUAGAAUCAAAAUAUGGAGUAAGAAGGCUUGUUUUAUUAGAACCAUAGCAUAACAUUUUAUUGCUGAUCUUGCAAUAGCUUAUAAUGAUUAAUGAGACCAAAUUGGCUUUCUCUUUUUACUUUUCUUAUUGGAUAGCUGUAAGUCUCACAAGAAAUUAAUGUGAGACGAUCUCACCUAGGAGUUUAGUGAUAGUUUCGGAUGGGAGUACUUUUUAGCUAAGGAAGUGAGGUUGUGGGGGCAAUAUUGAUUGUUUCGGAUGGGAGUGCUGUAUAUAACAGAGUGCUUAGGGUCAUUUUCCGAUUAAUCAAUUCUGUGUGUAUCAAGCGAACUUAAACAUCAACCCAAUCGAAUCUCGUUUCAAAUUUCUUGACCUUUUCUAGUGCGAAUUUUUCUGUCUGCAGAAGUUAUAGGAAGAUCUUUUUGCUUUAUUGUGACCCAAGGGCUGGUAAGAAGAUGCUCCAAACAGCUUAAAAUAGGAGUCACACACAUCUUUUACCUGGGUUCAAAAAGUUGUGAAAAGGGAGAGCAACUAUAUUUUUCUCUCAUGGUUGUCCCUAGGAUAGAUAGAAAAGCACUUGUUGCACUUUAUGAAUGAUUGGAGCAUAUCUUUGUUUACAGAUAAAAAAAAAAAAAAACAUCUGAAUCAUAUCUAUAUGACUUAACUUCAUCACUUAGGGCCUGUUCUGUUCCGUUGAAAUUCAAUUCAGUUCAGUUCAACUCAGCUCUUA